AUGUCGCAAUCACAGUGGUUUGCCAUCGGCUUUUCCGACUACGGCGAUUUUACCAACGCCGACAUGGUUGUGUUUUGGAUUGAUGCUAGCGGUGUGCACCAUUUUCAGGAUGUCCACACAGACAAAGUAGGCCGCCUGCACGUGGAUGCCCAACAGGACUACAUCCUGACACGUGCUCACGCGAGCAGAAGCGUGGCGAAAAUAUUGUUCCAUCGGAAGUUUGACACCUGUGACCCGAACGACUUCCAGUUUGAUACGGGUACAACCCACAUCACCUAUCUCAUGGGAGAGGGACGUAUAAAUGACGUUAUAAGAAUCGACGUCACAAAAGACGUCCACGGACUGCAGCGCGUGCAGCUCUUAAAACCAGAAAUUCGGCGUGCAGUUAUGCCAGAAAACACCUGGUCAUUUGAAAUAACAGCACCACAGGUCGUGGUACCGGACACGCAGACGACCUACUGGUGGCAUGUUGCGCAGCUUCCUGUGAUGAAUCGGAAACACCACAUCGUUAAGUACGAAGGAGUUAUACAGAAGGGCAGUGAAAACCUGGUCCACCACAUGGAAGUGUUCCACUGCGAGGUGCCUAGCAAUCAGAUCGUCCCGUUCUACAGCGGGCCUGGCCAAUCAGAAGGCAAGCCGAAGGAGCUGGAGGCGUGUCGCAAGGUGAUUGGUGCGUGGGCAAUGGGCGCGACGGCCAUGGAACUUCCCGAGGAGGCGGGGUUUCCGUUGGGAGGACCGGGUUUCUCUCCCUACGUCAUGCUCGAGGUCCAUUACAACAAUCCGACAGCUAUAAAAGGAAAAAUAGACUCUUCCGGAAUUCGGUUCUUUGUGACGCCAACGUUACGUGAACAUGACGCGGGGAUCAUGGAGCUGGGGUUAGAAUACACUAAUAAAAUGGCGAUUCCUCCCCACGAAACUCUUUUCAAACUGACUGGGUACUGCAUAGAGGAAUGCACAAAAGUAGGCUUACCGGAAUCUGGCAUUUUCAUCUACGCUUCCCAGCUGCACACUCAUUUGACGGGACGCCGCGUCUACACGAAGCACGUGCGCUUAGGACAAGAACUUCCGGAGCUCAACCGUGACAACCACUACAGCCCGCACUUCCAAGAGAUCCGAAGGCUUCCGAAGCCCGUCAGAGUACUUCCGGGGGACGCGCUGAUCACGACGUGUGAAGAUACAACUCUCAACAGAGACAACGCUACCAUCGGUGGGUUCGCUAUCACGGAUGAGAUGUGCGUGAACUACGUGCACUAUUAUCCUGUGGCGGCCCUGGAGGUCUGCAAGAGCUCCGUGGAAACACGGGCGCUCAACGACUUCUUCGCCUUCGUCAACAAAUGGGACCUUGACCCCACAAACCCGAAAGCCGGGGACCGGGCAAACUACCAGUCUAUCCGCUGGACGCCGCUCACGUCUCUACUCUUGAAGACGCUUUACCGCACAUCCCCUAUCUCCAUGCAGUGUAACAAGUCUGACGGGUCCAGAUUUCCUGGAAGAGCUUGGGAGCAUUCGACGAAACCUAUCAUAACGCUGCCAUUAGAGCCGCCGACUCGGGUCUGUGGCGCUAGGGACUCGAUUUGAAAAAUAACAAACAAUAUCAGCUCCUCUAUGAAAUGGACAUGACCAGAAGCAAUAAACACAUUUCUAUCAUUAAA